AAGAUGAAUGGGGUGAAGAUAAUUUCCAUGCUUUUGGCUAUCUUAGGGUAGUGGUUAAGGACAUAACCAACUUGAGAUUUCACAUUUGAAUUUCAUAACAUUAUUUGAAUUGUAUUGAAAUUUCAUAACAUUAGUUUACUGUGUAUACUUGUGGAUUGCUUCAACUAGUUAGUUACUCAUUACAUAGCUAUUAAUCUGUUUUCCUUAUUUUUUCUGAUAGAUUAUGGCGAGGACAAAGCAAACUAAGAGGGUAUCGUCUGAAGAGUUGGCCGAUCGUCGUGCCUAUCUCCACGCUUCUCAUAGGCGAGGUGAUCAUGAUACAGAUGUGUCGACUUCUCGGAAGCGGGCUAGGAAGGGUGCUAGGAAGGGGGCUCCGAAGGCGACCACUGAGGUUCCUGCCCCUGCUACUGAGGUUCCUGCUACUCAGGUUCCUGAUACUGAGGUUCCUGCCCCUGCUACUGAGGUUCCUGCUACUCAGGUUCCUGCUACUGAGGUUCCUGCUCUCUCGACGCCUGAGGUUACUGCUACUGAGGUUUCUCCUCAGUCGACGCCUGAGGUUACCGCCCACGAUACUGUUGAGCCUUCCACCUCUUCACUUGAUAUUGAUGCAGUUGAGGAGCCGGAGUCGGAGUCGGGGUCUGAGUCUGAGAUUGAGGGUGAGGAUGUAGAGGUAGAGGAUCCGAAUAUGCCGCCGCUCCAGAGAGAUCCACCGUUUCCUGGUGGGCCGGUUGAGUUGUCACUUCUGCAGCAUUACCCGGAUCACAUAGCACCGUGGACGUGGCAUACCCUACUAGGCACCACUGACCCUCGUUAUUCUGAGCGAGGUGAUUUGAGGCUUGCUACUGCUGGUACGAAGCUCGGGCUGAUGACGUGUGAGGGGGACAAUUACAGGGAGGUCCGGUUGAUUGUGGAGAGGAGCGGACUGUAUCCACUGGUCAAGUGCAGCUAUGUAGAGACGGAUCCAGGGCUUAUAUCGGCCCUUGUGGAGAGGUGGCACGAGGAGACUAGUAGUUUCCACAUGCCAUUUGGGGAGAUGACUGUCACCCUUGACGACGUCUCCGCUCUUCUUCACAUCCCGGUUGGUGGGAGAUUCUACACUCCAGGAGUGGCCUCGAGAUAUGAUGUGACAGAGACCUGCGCUUUGCUGUUAGGGGGGGAUGCAGAUUUGUACAUGGCUGAGUUUGAUAAGCUUAGGGGUCCGACUAUGAGGUUCAGCUUCUUGCGAGACCUUUACCCGAAAGCUGUUGCAGAGGGGCGGUACGAGCAUGCAGCCAGGAUGUACCUGAUGCAUCUUGUUGGCGCGACAUUGUUCGCCGACAAGAGUGGGGGGCACUCAUUCUCCGCCCGUUGGAUAGGCAUGCUACAGGAUCUUGAGCGGGUGUCGGAGUUCGCGUGGGGCGCCAUGGCCCUUGCCACGUUGUACGACCAGCUUGGACAGUCUUCUCGCAGCGGGGUCAAACAGAUGGGCGGUUACACUUCCCUGUUGAUGGCCUGGGUCUUUGAGCACUUUCCAGACAGGCUCGUUCGCCGGUAUGCGAACCCGGCUUACACAGAGGACCAGCCCAGAGCUCGUAGGUGGACAGAGUCACGGUCGGGGCAUGCUAGGCUUGACGAGAGGCGAGUACUACUUGAUGAGUUGACGGCCGACGACGUCACUUGGACUCCAUAUGAGGCCCACAGGGAAUGGCGACAGCGGGAUGAGAUGGCUUUGUUCUCAGGCUACAUUCGGUGUCCCUAUCCCCCUGCUGUGCGACCUCAUCUUCCGGAGCGGGUCAUGCGACAGUUUGGGUAUAUACAGACGAUCCCGCGCCACCCUAGUGAGAUGGAUAGAUCUCCCGCAGCUGAGGCUGUUGAUGCGGCAUUCGCAGGUUAUGUGCAGUACUUGUUCCCUGAGGGCGACCCUGCUAUAGAGGAGGGACAGGCUGUGGGCGGUUACAUGGAUUGGUACGCUAGAGUGUCUCAUUGUUUCAUCAUACCGGAUGAGAGGAGGAUUGAUCUCAGUGCCGUGGCUGCUUUGCGUAGGGCUUUAGAAGUCCUUGAGUUGUCACUUGAGGUGGAUGAUGCUUUGCUGCCAGGCACACAGGCCCGCGCUUUAAAGGAGAGAGCACUUCGCAUCCUCCAGGACUUGGCUGGGACACAGGGCAUUGCUUACGCUGCUGGGAGAGGAGGUCUGGGAGCAGGUGGCCAAGUAGGUGGCCGAGCCGGCGGCCGAGCAGGUGGCCGGGAGGGCGGCAGGGCAGCAGGUGGCCGGGAGGGCGGCAGGGCAGGAGCCAGGGGAGGUCGUAGGGGCAGUAUGACGAGCACAUUUUUCUAUGAUGAUGAAAUGCUGCUUCUAAAACAAGAUAAUGAUGUCAGUGAAGGAAUGUUGCUUCAACAACAAGAUAAUGUUCAGCCUAUAAGUGUGGAUACCACUCAUUUAUGGUCGACCGAUCAGAUAUUUGAAACUGUUGAUGACCUUAAACAAUGGGCUAAGAAUGUUGGGAAGGACAAUGGAUAUGCGAUUGUGACUGGAAGGUCUGAUUAUUCCAGAAAAGGUGGAAAUAUGUAUAUUGUUCUGCGGUGCUCGAAGCAUGGUGUGUACAUCCCGUACAAGGACCCUAAGUCCUUCAAGUACAACUCCACCGGAUCACAAAAAUGUGAUUUUCCUUUUAAACUUAAAGGACGACCUACGGAGGGUGAUAAAAAUUGGUGGCUGAAAGUGUUGGAAGGGGUACACAACCAUGAACCAGCUAGAUCUUUGGUUGGCCAUUCCUAUGCUGGUCGACUAACAGAAGAAGAGAAGGUUCAAGUCGACAGCAUGAAUAACAAUUGGGUCCCACCGAGACACAUGUUGGCCACUUUGAAGGAAAAUAAUCCGGGUAACUUGUCUACCAUCACUCAAGUGUAUAAUCGCAUCAAAAAAGUUAAAGAAUUAGACCGCGGGCCACUUACAGAGAUGCAAUAUUUGCUGAAGAAGUUGGCAGAAGCCAACUAUGUUCACUUUGAAAGACAUGAAGAAGAUUCGGGUGUCAUUAUGGAACUUUUCUGGGCUCAUCCUAAUGCUAUUAAACUCUUCAACACAUUCCCUCACGUGGUAAUCAUGGAUUGCACAUACAAGACAAACAAAUUUUAA